GGUAGCUCGGGGCUGUGUGCCGGGAGGGCUCCCCUGCGGUCCCUGUUCCCUGAGGGCUCUGCCAGCCAGGGAGCCGGGUCCCCCACCCAGGUGGCUCUUACGGGCUGUAGGAGCAAAGGGGGCUGGGAGCUGAGGAGCAGCUUCAGAGCCCAGCGGCAGCGGGAGCUGAGGGAACGCGGCCGCCUGCCCCAUGGCACCAGCUGCCCCGCACUGCCCAGCUCUGGCUUCCCGCCUCCCACCGGCCAGGGAGCGGGAAGAGAAGGAGGUGGACCAGGGGCGUGGAGCUGCCCUGGGACUGCCUGGCGGGGGGGCAACACCCCUGUGUUUCCCCAACUCUGCCCAUGGGCUCAGGGCUUCUGCCCCGUGGGGCUUGGGGCUCCGGAAUUCAGCCCAGCUGCUCCCACCUCCAUCCCCAUGGCUCCUGGCUCCAGCCCUGGGGGGCUUGGGCUCUGGGGUUUAGCUGCAGGGCCCCGCGGACCCCUGUUGAGAACUGCUGCCUUAUAGGGUGCUCUCUCCCCUCCCCCACGUCUCACCCCCCCCGUUCCAUUUUCAGGGUUCGUUCCCCCAAGGGGCCGGAUGAGGAGCUCGAUGGGGUGGAUGAGAAAUUCUUCCAGGUGUUGGAACAGCUCAACUCCCAGAAACAGUGGAAGAAGUCGGAGGAUUUUAACCGCAUCACCCUGUACUUCAAGGAGAAACUCAUGGAGAAGGAGUAUCGACUCUCCGCUCUGCCUGCCUUCAAGUACUACACGGCCUGCACCUUCCUGGUCUUCCUCUCCAACUUCCUCAUCCAGAUGCUGGUGGCUCACAAGACCCCAGCUCUAGGAAUCUCCUACGGUAUCUCCUUCUUCCUCUUCAUCCUCCUCCUCUUCAUCUGCUUCGCUGGGAACCUGGCGAAGUGCUUCCAGAAAGGCCCCAAGAUGCUGUACUGGGUGCCCUCCCUCUCCACGGCCGUCUGCACCCAGCCCUGGCUCCGGGUCACCCUGGGCGUCACCACCAUCCUGGUUGUCCUCACCAUGGCGAUGUUCAACUUCUUCUUCAUACCCACGCCCUGGUGUCCUCCACCAUCCCAUAAUCCCACGGUGCCAGUGAAUGCCACACGAGAAUCUCCCUCGACCGAUUCCUUAUUCAGCAUUCCGUACUACGUUUACUGUUGCAUCCUGGGACUCCUCUCCUGCUCACUCUUCCUCCACAUGAAUUUUGAACUCAAGUUCCUGAUGCUGACGCUUUGCCUGGUGAUCUACAAUGUCCUCUUCCUCCGCAGCCACGCCUGGCUCUCCGACUGCUACGUCGGGCGCCUCUACCCCAACCAGACCGUGCUCAGGCCGGGGGUCCUGAAGGAACCCAAGCUGAUGGGAGCCGUUUCCUUCUUUGUCUUCUUCUUCACCCUGCUGGCCCUGGCUAGACAAAACGAGUAUUAUUGCCGCCUUGACUUCUUGUGGAAGAAGAAGUUCAAGAAGGAGCGCGAGGAGAUCGAGACCAUGGAGAACCUGAACCGUGUCCUGCUGGAGAAUGUGCUCCCGGCCGACGUGGCGCAGCAAUUCAUCGGCCAGAACCGGCGUAACGAGGACCUUUACCAUCAAUCCUAUGACUGUGUCUGUGUCCUCUUCGCCUCCAUCCCCGACUUCAAGGAGUUCUAUUCCGAGUCCAACGUCAACCACGAAGGGCUGGAAUGUCUGCGGCUGCUCAAUGAGAUCAUUGCGGAUUUUGACGAGCUGCUCUCGAAGCCAAAAUUCAGUGGCGUGGAGAAGAUCAAGACCAUUGGCAGCACCUACAUGGCAGCUACGGGAUUAAAUGCCACUUCUGGCCAGGACAACCAGCAGGAUGCCGAGAGGAGCUACACCCACCUGGGCAUCAUGGUGGAGUUCGCGGUGGCCCUGAUAGCCAAGCUGGAUAUCAUCAACAAACACUCCUUCAACACCUUCAAACUCCGUGUGGGAAUAAACCAUGGCCCUGUGGUGGCUGGUGUGAUCGGAGCCCAGAAACCCCAAUAUGACAUUUGGGGAAACACGGUGAAUGUGGCGAGUCGCAUGGAGAGCACUGGGGUGCUGGGGAAGAUCCAGGUAUGAGGAAUGACGCCGUGU